AUGUCGGGCUUCUUUACAUCCUUCUUCCAGUGGCUGAGCGGUAUAUUCUUCUUGAAAUCGGCUGAAAUAGCCAUUGUCGGACUUCAAGCCUCUGGGAAGACCUCUUUUGUUAACGUUAUCGGCUCUGGCCAGUGGAGCGAGGACGUGGUUCCGACCGUGGGAUUCAUAUUUCGCAAGGUUCGAAAGGGCAAUGUGACUCUGAAGAUUUGGGAUGUUGCGGGUCAACCGAAAUUCCGCUCAAUGUGGGAGCGCUACUGCCACGGCGUCGAUGCCAUUGUAUUCAUUGUUGACUCGGCAGAUCCUGAGAAAUUUAACACUGCCCGUUUCGAACUCCACCAACUCUUGAGUCAGUCAGCACUAGGUGGUGUCCCUCUGCUUGUUUUGGGCAACAAGAACGAUCUGGAUGGUCACGUACCAGUCAAAGAACUCAUUCGUGAUCUACAACUGGACAAAAUCACCGACCGUCCCGUAUCUUGUUAUUCGUGUUCGAUGAAGAGUCAACAUAACCUUGACAUCGUCCUACAAUGGCUGUCUGGCCGAAGUCACUGA